GUGCUUCCUGGGUGCCGCAGUGGGAGUUGAGGCGGCCAGCUCCGAGGGUUUGUCGGCGGCGGCGCCCGCGCGCGCCGUUUUUUUCCGAGCGGGAGAUGUUGGAGAGUUUGCGCGAGCGGCUCCUAAGCGUCCAGCAGGAUCUGAGCUCCGGGCUGAAGAUCUUCAGUGACAAAUCAAGAGAAGCUAAAAUAAAUAAACAGAGGACUGCACAGAGUUUACCAGAAUUUUCUGCUGGUUUAGUUUUGCUGAGUAGGUAUGAAGAUUCCUGGGCAGCACUUCACAAAGGAGCAAAAGAGUGUGCAAAAACUGGAGAGCUGGUGGAUAGUGAAGUUGUAAUGCUUUCUGCCCAUUGGGAGAAAAAAAGAAGUGGUCUCUUGGACCUUCAAGACCAGCUUCAACAAAUUCCAGUAUUUCUGGCAGGCUUAGAAUCUACAACAGCUAGCCUGGUCCAAUUGGAAGCACAUUUUAAAGAAAUGGAGCAUCAUUUAUUACAUCUUGAAGAUCUUUGUGGACGGUGUGAAUUGCAAAGAUACAAGCAUAUGCAAAUACUGCAGCUAGAAAAUUACAAAAAGACAAAAAGGAAAGAACUUGAAAUCUUCAAAGCUGAACUUGAUACUGAGCAUGUUCAGAAAGUGCUGGACAUGGAGCAUACCCAGGAAAUGAAGCUAAAGGAGCGGCAGAAAUUCUUUGAAGAAGCUUUCCAGCAGGACAUGGAACAGUACCUCACCACAGGCUACCUGCAGAUAGCUGAAAGACGGGAGCCAAUAGGGAGCAUGUCUUCCAUGGAAGUGAAUGUGGACACAUUAGAACAAAUGGACCUUGUUGAUAUGUCUGAUCAAGAAGCCUUAGAUGUCUUCCUUAAUUCUGGAGUAGAGGAUAGUUCUUUGCCAUCUGCUAUGAUCGGGUCAGACUCUAGCACCCAUCAAAAUGAAAUCAGUUUUCAGGUUCCCACUCGGUCACAGCUGGGCGAGAAGUUCUCUUCAGAAGCAUCCGGGACAGAUUCUACUAGCCAAGAUGCCUGUGAAGGAGAAGCACCUGUGGUCCAGUCAGAUGAGGAAGAUGUGCAAGUGGACACUGCCCUUGUGAAUACAGAAACGAAGAGCCCCUCAGAUGCCAGCGAUGAAAGUGAUUAACAGAUUGAGGCUUAUCACAGUGCCCUAUAGGAAUUUAGACUGGAGUGAAAUGAGGAAAGAAAUAAUCGGCAGAGCUUAUCAUGUUUUAUCUGCAGAGAGAUAACUGUAUACAGUCAUAGAAAAUAUGUGUUUUUAUAUUAAAAGCAUUCUGACAGCACAUCCAUUAAGCAAUAAACUCUUGCCUUUGGAACAAUUUACCUUCCAUGUUGAUGCUUAAUAAAAAGGACAAAUUGUGAAUAGAUUUAUUUUACAAUCUUCAGUAGAACUAUAAUACGGAGAUAAUUUUAUGCCUACGUGGUAAGUUAGUAUAUUUUUGUUCCUAAAAGACUGAAUAUAAAAAAGGCUGUUUAUCUUACAAUGGAGAAUAGGCUAGUUAUUUGGAACAAGAGACAUUGAAUGGGUAUUUACAUUAAAGAAUU